GCAGAAGGAAAAUUGGGAAAAGAUUCCCUAGUCUUGAAACUGCUGGGAGGCAGAAGGAAAAUUGGGAAAAGAUUCCUUAGUCUUGAAACUGCUGGGAGGGGACACCGCGAAGAACAUGAAGCGUGGAUAUCAAUGGGGAAAACUUGCGAUGGAAGUGUGCAUCAAAGGAGAAUGGAAAGUCAAAGAGAAACAAGAAGAAUUUUUGAUUGUUCAGCUUUUGGGAGUUGGCGGGACGUCCAGAGUCUGGCAGGCCGUCGUCAUGGAUGGUUCCAGCAACAGACAAGCGGCGUUCUUCUGUGCAAUCAAGUACUGGAUCAAAGUGUACAAUAAAGAGAACCACGAGACCUUGAGUUCCAUGGAUGCAGAGAAGGAAUCGCAAGUAGCCGCAAAAAAGGAGGUUACCUUCUAUCGCCAGAUCUACAGCAACCAAGAUGGCGUUGAUCUCUCCGAGUAUGUGGGGAAAGUCAAACUUAACUAUUGCUGGUGCGUGAUCCUUCCCUUCUUCAAGCCAAUUCAAAAACCACAGCGCCAGGAAGCCUUGCAGAAGAUUGAACAGUUGCUCCGGAAACAGUUUUACCGGUACGACGAGACGACCAAGAAGCAUGUAUCCUAUCAGUUCGGCGAAAGCGAUCGGCGCUGGCGUCAUGUAGGCCUGUGGGGUGAGAAAGUUGUGCUUUUCGACCUGGCGGAUCUGGAUGCAAAAGACGUGAAUAGCGAGAAUGAUCACUUACUUUGACUAUGUGAAAAAGCACGUAGAGGAGUUGAGAAAGCGGGUUGGUAUGUAACAGAACAAGGUCGCAGAUGAAGCCGGAUCAUCUCUCUCGAAACUUUAUUCGCUUCGACUCAUUCAGCGAGCCAGUAUUUUGGUGGGGUUCAUUUUGAAAACAAACUUUACUAGGCCAGGUAUAUCUUGUACAACCCAGGUGCUACCGGUAGGGUACUUUUGGUGCUGAACUAUUGUAGGAA